GAGCGAGUGAGAAGGAUGAGGAGAAGGGAGGACAGAAUGUGUGGGACAAUGAGGAGGAGAACACAGCCUACAGCUACUCCUUCUUCCACUUCAUGCUUAUGCUCGCCUCCCUCUACGUCAUGAUGACACUCACCAACUGGUUCAAACCAAGCUCUGACCUGAAGACGCUGAACUCAAACUUUGCAGCUGUCUGGGUGAAGAUUGUGUCCAGCUGGCUGUGCAUUAUACUCUACGUGUGGACCCUAGUGGCACCUCUCAUUCUCAGAGACAGGGAAUUUGCCUAGAGCAGUUACCCCCCUUGGAUGCAAAAUUCCCACUAAAGCUAGUGGAGACGCUUGUUUGAACUGUUAUAUUCACUUCAAGAAUUAAAUUGAUGUGUGAAAAUCACUACAUUUGUAUUAUGGAUAUAAUAUUGUUAAAUUACUUGUAUUUGAAUUUUGAUCUGUUUUAUUUUAAAAUAUUUAUAUGAUACUACAUUUUAAAUAAACUGUUUCUUCAUAUAAGCCACAUACUGUCAAACAUACCUAUACAGUUAUAAAGCUACGAACUGUUCCUAACAUGUGUAAUUGAGAUCAUUCGGAAAGUUGUUGGAUGUUAAAAUUAUUUGCCUGUGGAAGCUGCUAUGUUACAUCUCUAAGUGGCCGUACAAAUCUCUUUAUACUUGUGAAGAUGAAGAUCCAUUUGUUCACCUCAUAAUUUAGAUGUUCACACUUAUAUAAAAAAAGGCAUAACUUCUCAAUAUUACAAACAGAAAAUAAAUACUGAUUUUCGUUUCAGUGUAUGAAAAUGAACACUUUUGGUAUACGUAGCUGUGCAAAUGACUUUCUGUGCAGAUACAAUUUGGUGGUCUAUUUAAAGUUAAAGUAAUUGUGAGCCUUUGCUGUAAAAGACAUUAAACAUGUAGUUUAUUUAUACUUGUAUACAUAUUUAAAUUAUUGCCAUGAACAAUUUUAUUUUGUUCUGUUCAACCAGUGAGCAGAGUAAACCAAUGAAGAAUAAAAUAUUGAUUGGUUGUGUAAGAAAACCUAUUGUACUAUCAUGUUUAAAUCAGUAAUUAUUGCAUAAACUCUAUCUAUAACGCCCUCUGGCGGGGUGCAGAAACUUGGCAAAAGUAGGGCUUGAAGGGGAGAAAUCGUGUAUCAACAAGGCGAUUCAUGUGCUGUUCAAGCCCUGAUAUGUGUUUUUCAUAUCCAUAAUCUGGUCCACACGUAGUUACUUCCCUUCUCCGGCCUUAGACGACUUUCCAAGCAUAAAUGGGGAACUGAAUAAGCACCAGUUUCCUCAUGCAUGCAGGGAUAAUGACUAUUUCAAUCCUCUUCAAAUUAUACCAUCUGCACUCUCUUGACAAGAGCUUUAUUUUAUUGGCAACGUCAAUGAUGUUAAGGUUAUUUACUCUUUCAAAAGACUAUGCUGUAAAUGUAAGUGUUUAUGUACCUUCAACGUUCCUGCUGUAAAUUCCAAAAUAAUUCCUCAUUUCUUACUUGGCGCGGCUGCAGUUUUAACUUUGCAUAAAUCCACUGUUAAAACACAUUUUAAAUCGAAAAAAUGCCUAUCUGAAGGUAAAGCCUCGUCAUUUCGGAUGAUGACCGACUGAGGCAUAUGUAAAAAACAUUGAACUGUAUUGAAAUAAUCAAAUUAUUUUGUCGAUGUUGAAUAAACAAAACAUAUUUUUUUCAAUGUUAUUUUAAUUUAUAUUGGUAUGUGUGAUUUGUUUAUGCAAUAAUAGCGAAAAUACACAUUUUCUCGGACAUGAUCAUUUGCGGGCGCUCUCAAAAUCUGUUCCGGAAAUCUGAAACGGAUUUUUCGAGCGCCCGCAGAUGAUCAUGCCGUAGAAAACGUGUAUUAUCCCUAUUAUGAAAACUGCAAAAACAACAUUGAAUAAAAAAAUAUCCACCAUUUUAUUUAAAUUUAUGAACAUGUAAUGCUAAAAAGUCAAACUGACUCCAGCGUUGUACGUGAAAAAUAUUAUCAAACAGUUGGCCAUACUAAUUUCUUGAAUAAUGAUUUAUAUUGUACUUCUUUUUUGUCAUUAAUAAAAGUGAAAAGUACCCUAUAUGUUUCUAAAAAUUAUUAUAAUAUAUUAUCAUUAUUAUUUAAAUACGGGCCUUUAAUAAAUGACCUUUGUAAGAUUUGUUGAAAUUAUUUAUAACAAUUUCAUUUAUACUUGAGAAUUUACUAAAACAAUUUCAAGGAAAAUAUGUUUUUUGUUAAUUCUUUGCCAUUUUGUUGGUAAUUCUUUGCAAAUGUAAUUGUUCAUGUGUUUUUCUUAAUGUUGUGAUUGUGAGAAUCAGUGUACGCUUUUCUAGAUAUUGUUGUAAUAAAAAGUACUUCACAUA